AUGGGGCAAGGCUAUUCUAUGACCACUCUCUCUGCGGCAUCGGCCAGCAUCGAUGUCCCUGAGCUUGCUGACCUUGUCCAUGAGAAGACCUUGGCCUCCGCCCGAUUCAUGAAAAGCGUCAGGGCCAGGAGUCAACAUGGUUUCGUGUUCGUCAAGGCUGUCAUGAAACCAUACUCGUCGUUUUCGGUCCACAAGUAUGUGAAACAGAUCACGGAGGAGAGGAACAUCCUCGCCAAUGUUCCAAACGCCCUGGGUUACCAGAGGAUUGUCGAGGUUGGCAGUGGGGGCUUUCUUGUCCGUCAAUACGUGUUCAGCUCAGUAUACGACCGAAUGAGCACCAGGCCCUUCCUCGAGGACAUCGAAAAGAAGUGGCUGUCUUUCCAGUUGCUAUGUGCAGUCCGCGAUUGCCAUGCUCAAAAUGUGUACCAUGGAGACAUCAAGACUGAAAACCUGUUGGUCACCUCUUGGAACUGGCUAUACCUCACCGACUUCUCCUCCUCGUUCAAACCAACUUAUCUUCCAGAAGACAACCCUGCUGACUUCUCCUUCUACUUUGAUACCUCGAGCCGGCGGACUUGCUACAUUGCCCCGGAAAGGUUUACCACCGCGAACUCGGGUGAUCAGCAGGGCGGCAUGAACUGGGCAAUGGACAUAUUUAGUGUCGGUUGCACUAUCGCCGAGAUCUUCCUCGAGGGGCCCAUCUUCAACCUCAGCCAGAUAUUCAAGUACCGAGCCCGAGAGUACAGCCCUGAGCAUACGCAUCUCAACAAAAUCGAAGACCCUGAGGUCCGCGCAAUGAUUCUCAACAUGAUAGAGCUGGAUCCAGAAAAGCGCUACAAUGCUGAGCAGCUCCUCUCCUUUUACCGAUCCAAAAUCUUUCCGGAAUACUUUUACAGCUUCUUGCAUCAAUACAUGCUGGACCUGACCCGGUCCGCGACGGCCGCAAAGCCAGUUGAUCUGGAUGCGGCAAGCCUUAGUGAAUGCGAUGAAAAGAUUGAUCGUGUCUACUAUGACUUUGACAAGAUAUCCUUCUUCCUCGGCUAUGGUCCCAGUUCGGCUAAGCGGUCGUCAAGGUCGCCCCUAGCCCUACGGUCGAACAACAGGGCGAAGCUGCAGGACCCCGACCCUUCUUUAUAUGAUGGAAGUCUACUUUUUCUCACGCUGGUGGUCUCCAGCAUGAGAAACUCUGCCAAAGCCGCUGCCAGACUGAGGGCAUGUGAUCUCCUCGUAGCCUUUGCUGAACGACUUCCAGAUGAGGCGAAACUGGAUCGAAUUCUGCCAUAUGUGGUUGGUCUGCUGGCAGACAGUUCAGACGUUGUCAAGGCAUCGGCCAUCUAUGCAAUGACAUCCAUCUUUGAAAUGGUCCAAGUCGUCUCGCCCAUCAACGCAUACAUCUUUCCAGAAUACAUCUUUCCUCGGUUGAGGCAAUUCGUCCUCGGGCCUUCGAAUCAACCGAGCGUUGUGGUUCGCUCUGCGUAUGCCUCCUGUCUGGCAUCUUUGGCUCUAUCAUCGUCUCGAAUCCUAGAUAUGGUCCACGCAAUUCGUGCCGACGGACGGUUACCGGCUCUACGCGAAGACGAUUGGGCUCCCGAAUCAUCCUACCAUGGUCUAUAUGACGUCGCACGGGCCGAGCUAACACCACAUUUCGAAGAUUCUACUAUCGCUCUUAUCACCGAUCCCGAACCUUCGGUGAGGAGGGCUUUAUUGGGGUCAGUCUCCCGGCUAUGCGUCUUCUUCGGCAGCUCGAAAGCGAGCGAUGUGAUUUUAACACACCUCAACACCUAUCUCAACGAUAAGGACUGGAUUUUGAGGUGCUCCUUCUUCGAAGCUCUUGUGGGUAUCGCAUCCUAUGUUGGGACUGCGAGCCUUGAAAAAUUCAUUCUACCAAUCAUGGUUGGCUCUUUGACAGACACGGAGAGCUUUGUGGUUGAGAAAGUAUUCCGUUCAUUGGCUCGAAUGGCUGCUUUGGGCCUCUUACAGAAGUCCACAACUUGGGAGCUGGACGGCAUCGCCGUGCGGUUCCUGGCUCAUCCGAGUAUUUGGGUCCGUGAAAGCGCCGUGCAAUUCAUCGUCUUAUCUGCAAAGUACAUACCCCCAGCUGAUCAGUAUUGCAUUGUCCUUCCAAUCAUACAGCCCUUCUUGAAGAACCCGGUGCAUGUAUUGACAGAGGAACGGAUUCUGGACAAUUUGAAACGACCACUUCCAAGGAUAGUGUUUGAUUCAGCACUCAACUGGGCGGCUCGAAAGGGAAACAGUCUCUUCUGGACCGCUGCAUCUCGUGACGAAGCAUUGACCUUGUCCGAUCCCUCAACGCCACAAAAUCCCUCAGCACUCGCGAGGAGGUUGCUAACCCGAAUCCCGCCAUCUCAGAAGGACAAGGAUGACCAGAGCUCGCUCGAGUCCUUACGGAAUUUGGGCAUGACGCCUGAAGAUGAGACCAAAUUGCUCGCCUUGAGGGAAUAUAUACUCAAGGUUUCGAAGCACAAGUCAUCGGGAGAUUUGGAUGAAAAACACCGCCAGCUCAACAACAUUAUCUCGUUGAAUUCGAUUGAUGUGACACCCCAGACGGUUUUCUUCGACCAGCGAGAAGCACUGCGAGAAAUGAAAAGUCGUCCAUAUAGUGCACCGCAGAAGAAGUCCCGCAAGAAUGAGCGCCACAGCCUAGCGGAUGCACUCCUCGACGCUUCUACCAGCAUUGAUGAGCCGUCGACCAGACGGAAUUCACCCUCGGGCAGUGGACCAAGUACUGCUACUCCAUCACUGAAGCCGAUUGACAUUGGGAAUCGCAGAACCUCCGCCAUAGCGACUGACCGUGGUCCUGCCAUAAGCGUGGAGCGGGCGAGCACUUCCUCGCGACUGAGUGUUCCGAGCGCAGGUGGUUCCCCUGUCGGCGUGGACCGGCUCUCACUACGGCAGAGUAGCAGUCCUCUGCAAUUGAGACACCGCAACAGCGGACUCAAUUUAAUGAACCGUGCCGACUCUGUCAAAGCAGAUGCAGAAAUCUCUACAAUUUCCGAAAACGCUUUUGGAAAGGUUGACGGCCCACAGAACCGGAUAGGUGCAAGGACAUCUGGCCUGAACAUCGCCGCAAACCUCACAGGACGUUCGAGAUCAGUGUCACCUCGCAUCGGUGGAGCUGAAACUCCAAUAUAUGAGGCGAAUCACUCCUACACGGGAACCGAUAGCAACGUGCUUCGACUCCUUGAAACCCACUUUGUUGAAAAUUUUCCUGUCGAUCAAAUGGAUUUUGGGGGUAAUCGUCCCUCGGCAGAUACCAACGCGCCCAUCAAAAGAGCGACAGAUGUUCCACAACAACACAGUGGCCGAGCGCCGCAGCAGGUACACGGAUACCGGACCGAACCGUGGAGACCGUCAGGUCAGCUUCUUGCCCAACUGUCCGAGCAUACUGCUGUCAUCAACCGCGUUUGUGCGGCUCCGGAUCACGCUUUUUUUGUAACAGCGUCGGAUGAUGGAACUUGCAAGGUAUGGGAUACGAUUCGGUUGGAGAAGAAUGUCACGCUGCGGUCAAGGUAUACACAUCGACAUGCAGAGGGAGCCAAGGUCAAGAGUCUCUGCUUCAUCGACAGUAGUCAUACAUUCCUCAGCGGUGCAGACGACGGAAGUAUCCAGGCUGUACACAUUGACUACCGAAGUGUUGAUGGUGGUGAAAGCUCCAGAUAUGGGAAACCACGUCUUGUCCGAGAUUAUCAGAUACCUUCAAGUUCUCCUCGGGACGGACAGACCACCGGGGGUCGCGCAGAUGGUACUGUCGAAUCUCCGCCUGAGUACGCUGUAUGGCUCUACCAUUACCGAACUCAGACCUCGCAGUCGAUCCUUCUUGUUGCAACUAACAUGUGCCGCAUCCUCGCCAUUGACCUGAAAAACAUGGAGAUCAUUCACACCAUGAAUAAUCCCGUUCAUCACGGCACUCCGACGACCUUCUGCGUCGACAAAAAGCGCCACUGGCUUCUGCUUGGAACGAGUCACGGUAUUCUGGAUUUGUGGGAUCUGAGAUUCAAACUCCGACUACGAGGGUUUGGUAUACAGACAGACGCACGCAUUGACCGAAUCCUUCUCCACCCUAGCAAAGGCCAUGGCCGAUGGGUCAUGGUCAGCGCGGGUGGGGAGAUCAGUGUGUGGGAUGUUGAAAAACUGGUCUGCAGAGAGGUCUUGAGGCCGGGCGCAUCCACGGCCAGAAACGAAAAAACUGGUCCUUAUGAAGCGUGGAACCCUGACGAGGAGAACAGUGAAAGCAUACUGUCACGCUUUGCACGCGAGCUCUCAGUCGACGGGAAUGCUGUCGAACCGCAAAUUCGUCCAACCACGGACAGAUUCUCGAAUGGAUCACCUAUCAAGAAACCUUUGACAGCCCUGGACUCGGUUUCUACCACAUUCACCCCCGCAAUCCUCGCAAUGUACAUCAUGAACGACUAUCUACUAAACCCUUCGCAACCAGACAACCCCUACAAGCAUCCUCUGCUGUUGACAGGGGGGGCCGACCGUGUGUUACGGUACUGGGACAUCCAGCGACCAGAAAACAGCUUUAUCGUCUCUGGCCCACAGCUUUACGGCGAGGAGGGGCAAGCGGCAAAGCCAAAGUACGAGGUAAGCCACCCGCUUGCUUUGAGCGCCGGAGCUCAAAUAGCGCUGGUGCAAGAGACACUCAACGACGAUGGUCUGGGUGAGAAGAAAACAUCCAAGAAGGACACUCGCUCAUCGAGAGAUCCAAUGGCAAGUCCUGCAAGGACCAACUCUCCGACACCCGCAUCGGGCGCAAUGGCCACCGGCAGCUCGACGCCCGCCCAAGCUGGUUUUCUCAGUCCAUCAACGGGGUCGACCUCGAGAAACACUUCGGCGGCGGCGGCGGCGGCAGCAUCCAAGCCACCUCGGAAUACUAUCAUCAGUGCGGCUCAACAGCAACUCCUGCGGACGCAUGCCGAUGGUAUAACGGACGUGAUUGGCCUGCGGAAGCCGUAUGGGUGUGUGGUAAGCGUUGAUCGAGGCGGGAAUGUCUUUGUAUUCCAGUGA